UGCAAAGGUUUAGCUGGAGCUUAUUUUAAUUCCUUUCAACUGCAGCAAGAAAAGACGAAAAAAUACGUCAAUAGAAGGGGUCGAACACGGGACCUCAGAGUCCUAAGAGCAUUCCAUUUCCACUGCACUGCUACGCGUUAUUGAUGCUUAGACGCGAUUUCUUGUACAUAUACUAUUAGGUUCCGUAAAUUCCAGCAAUUAAUCAUUAAUCAUCUUAUCAUUAUAAGGCUUAAUCCAUCUCCUUCCACACAAUAUCUCGAGCCAUCUUCUCUCUAAACCUCCCAGAAUCAUUUCCUCCUCCUUCUCUCUUCAUUCUUCAUCUCCAAAUCAUCAACCAAUCUUCAACAUCAAUUAAUCACUUUCUCAAUCAAGAUUAAAGUCAAGAUUAGCACCAAGCUCCAAGGAUUGUCAUCUAUCACAAGUUUGAUCUUCCUUAUCUCUUUAAAUCUUGUACUUCAAUCAUGAAUUCAUCUAUUUCUAAGCUUCCCAACAUGUAUAGCUAAAUAAAUUUGGGGCUAGAAAUUGGUUAAUUAAUUGUUCUUAUCAUGUUUUAAUUUGUAUUGAUUUUAAUUGUUAAGUUUGUUCUAUUUAGAUUGUUGUGUCCAGAAAAUUAAUUAUGUUAUGUUUGUGAUAUAUAUUAUGAGUACUCAAUCAUAAACAUAUUGUUUGUUAAAUACACAAAUGAACACUUUCUGAACACACCGUUAAACUUCUUUUACCUUGUCCCGGAUUGAAGUUUUACGGGAGAAUUUAAUUAUUUAAUUAUAUUAUUUACACCACGGGGUUGGGUAAAUAAUAUAGUUAAUAAUUAAGGUUGUCGUUGCACUUAAACAACUAGUCUCGUUUUGGCCAUCACUGGGAAAUGUUGACUAGUUACUUAUUUUAGAUGACUUGUGUUGGGUCCUAAAAUAUUUAUCCACAACUUCUCACAAUCUAUCUACGAAUAAAAUUAGCAAUUAUUUCUUUCAAUUAAACAUUGAACAAUUAGUUACCAAUUUCUACCCCUACUUGCUAUUGGUUGAACUUUGUGUUGAUAAAAAUCUCUCAUCUCAAUCACUUUUAUUUUAUUACUUUUCCAAGCAACCAAAAAAAAUCAAAAGAAACGCACUUCCAACUUUAAUCCUUAGUUUGUGCUUAAUUAUUUUAUUUCCCGCUUCUCUGUGGUUCGACACCCUACUUCCUUGGGUAAAAAAUAGUUGUGUGCCCAUUAUAUGCUACACACCAACUUGGCGCCGUUGCCGGGGAAGCGGUUUUGAAAAAAAAAAGUGAAAGCAUGAACUUUUGAUUUUAGUUAUUGUAAAUUGUGUGUAUAUUAUUUUGUUGUUAUCUUGUUUGCUCUUGCAGGUUCAAAAAAAAAAAUAUACAAAAAAAAAAAAAUACGAGUAAUUAAUUAAAGUUCAAAAAAAAAAAAAAAAACAAAUUGAACUGUGAUUAAUUACCUUACCUGCGCAUUGGAGUUGGACUUGUUAACUGAACAUAUAUCUGGACAUUUGGACCAUUGGACAUAUUGUCACAUUUUAAUUCAACGGAUAAUCCGCCUAUAUGGUCGGACCGCUAAUUUGUACAUAUUAAUUCAACGGAUAAUCCGCCUAUAUGGUCGGACCGUUUACUUGUACAUAAUAAUUUAAAGGAUACUCCGCCUAUAUGGUCGGACCGUUUAUUUUUCUUUUUAUGGUGGUUAAAACUCCAACUUUUUAAUUUUUGCACUUUAAUUAUCGCAAUUUAAUUUAUGCACUUUAAUUAUCGCAAUUUAAUUUCCGCACUUUAAUUUCAGCAUUUUUUUAUUUUGCAUCCCCAAGCUGGUCGGCCGUGUCCGCUUGUUGGUGGCGUGCACUUUUUAAUUUAUUUCUUAAUAAUCCCCAGACUGUCGGCACAGCUGCAUCUUGGUGGAGACUGUAUUUAUUACUGUAGUUUUUUUUUUCUUCUUCUCAAAUCACCAUAUCUGUCGGCCCUGCCGCAUCCUGGUGAAUUACUGUAUAUAUUAAUACUGCUUUAAGGGCUCACUAGUCUUAUUCGGUUUAUACCAAUUGACUACGUGCGAACCUUAAUUAAUUAAUUAAUUCCACAUUUUUUCUUUUCUUUUCAUCUCUCUCUUUUCCCAAUCCCGAUUCCCUUCUGCUUAUGCUUACACGUUCACGUGGUGCAAAUUGUGAGUUGUUAUUCUUCUUUGACAUUGAAAAGCACAUACGUGAACAGAAAAAAAAAAAAUGUCAAACGAUGUUGUUGUAAAUGAGCAGGAACCAGAUCAACAAAUCGUGGAUCAGCUUACAAGGACCAGGAAACCAUUGUAUGAUUAUGUUACGCCUCCCGUGGAUGAGCAUGACAGUGUUAUUCCACCGGAGGUUAACAUGAACCAAUUUGAAAUCAAGCCUGCUAUCAUCCACAUGGUUUCAAAUGAUCGAUUUGGCGGAGCGCCAACGGAGGAUCCAAAUAAUCACAUCACAAAGUUCCUUCGAGCUUGCAACACCUUCAAAAUCAAUGGUGUGCCAUCUGAUGCUGUCAGACUACGCCUAUUCCCAUUCUCUCUACGGGAUCGAGCUCAGAGUUGGCUUGACUCUUUUCCAGACAAUCACUUCUCCACUUGGGAUCAACUUCAUGGUGAAUUUCUCAAAAGAUUUUUUCCGCCAUCUAAAACGGCGAAAAUCCGGAGAAUGAUUCAAAAUUUCAAACAAAAUCCCAACGAGCCCCUCUAUGAGGCUUGGGAAAGAUUCAAAGAUCUCCAGCGACAGUGUCCACAUCAUAACAUCCAAAACUGGCACUUGAUGACGGCUUUCUAUGAAGGCCUAAGUGAAAAUUCUCGGAUACUUGUGGACGCGUCCGCAAAUGGAUCAUUCAUGUGCCUAGAACUUGAAGAGGCAGAAGAAUUGAUGGAACGCAUUUCAUCAAAUGGAUCAACAUGGUAUUCUGAGCGAUCAUCUGCUCCACCAAAAAUCGGAGGCAUGUACGAAGUUGAUCAAAUGUCGGCCAUAACCACAAAGGUUGAUAACAUGAUGACUCUGAUCCAAAAGAUGGCACAAGUCUCUCUUGUGCAAAACUCUACAUCAACAACACCUCCGGUUCCCGUUCUUAUGUGUGAAUCUUGCGGUGGACAACACAAUCAGUCCACUUGUCCAUGGGAAGCAAUGGAACAAGUUGACUAUGUCAACUACAACAGGUAGCCCCAACAAAAUCAGUUUGGUAAUUUCAAUCCUCAAGGAAGAAACCAUCCCGGUUUUUCCUGGAGCAAUCAAAAUGGAGCUGCUAAUCCACAACAAACUUACCGAAGUGCACCACCAGGUUUCCAAAAUCAACAACAACAAUUCAGAGGUGGCCAAGGUAUUGUGAACCAGCAACAAUAUAAACCCACUCAAAAUCUUCCAUACCCUUCAAGUCAACAACAAAAACCACUUCUUCCCACUCCUGAAACAACCCAAACUCCCGUCCUAGAAAACAUUGUUGACCAACUUCUUAAGUCCCAACUAUCUCAAGCUGAAACCCUGAAACAAAUCACUGAAGAACUUGGUCAACUCCGGGCUCACAACAGGAUGCUUGAGAAUCAAAUUGCUAAUCAAGCAUCCACAUCAUCGACUAAGGUGACGGGUAAGCUCCCUUCUUGCCCCGAAAACCCGAGGGAGCAAAUCAAUGUUGUCACUACUCGGAGUGGGAAACAACAUCAAUCCUUGCCCCUUUCUAAUGAUGAACAAGAACAUGAAAUGUUGGAGGAAGGGAUCGUGCAACAACAGAAAGGUGGAAACAAUAACAAUGAACAUGAUGUCGGUACCAUGCCGAAAUCAUCUGAUGAUCGUGAAGGAUUAAUGAAACCAAGAGAAAGUCCGGUAAGGAAAUACAUUCCCCCAAUUCCUUAUCCGAACAGAUUGAAGAAAGCCAAUAUGGAGGAGCGGAGAACAAAAUUUUUGAAUGUUAUCAAGCAAUUGGAUAUCUUAAUUCCUUUGCUUGAUGCCAUUACAGAAAUUCCUUCAUAUGCUAAAUUUCUCAAAGACAUUCUCACAAAGAAGAAGGAGAAUCCAGCCACUGUUGCAAUGAGUCAAGAAUGCAGUGCCAUCAUCCAAAAUAAGAUCCCACCCAAGUUAUGUGAUCCUGGAAGCUUCUCAAUUCCAUGUACCAUUGGUGGAUCUAAAGUUAAAAAAGCUCUUUGUGAUCUUGGUGCAAGUGUUAGCUUAAUUCCUUAUUCAUUAUGUCAAAAGCUACACUUGGGGGAUCCCAAACCAACAACGAUGGCAUUGCAAUUGGCUGAUCGAUCUGUCAAAUAUCCUAUCGGCAUUCUUGAAGAUGUUCCUGUCAAAAUUGACAAGUAUUAUAUCCCAGGAGACUUUGUUGUCUUGGAUAUGGAAGAAGAUGCCCGAGUUCCUGUUAUUCUCGGGAGACCUUUUCUAGCUACAGCAGGGGCUAUUAUCAAUGUCAAAAAGGGUACCCUUAUCCUUGAGAUUGGGGAUGAUAAGAUCGAAUUCAAUGUACGAGAGCUGAGUAAGGAUACACCUUGUGUCCUUGAUGGUUACUAUGUUGAUGUUAUAGACUCUUGUACUACAAAUACAUUUGAUGAGUCUUAUUGGCUUUCUAAAGAUCCAAUGGAGUACACCAUACGAGAAUCUAUUGCAGAUGAGCAAGCCAAUGAAAUGGUAAAUUUAUGCCUCGAAAUGUUGCAAAGCAUAUCUUUACCGAUGCCUAAAGCACUUAAAUUUGAAGUGCUUAAUCUUGAAGAUCAAUCCUUGAAUGUCAAAGGAAAAGCACCUGAAGUAGAACUCAAACCACUUCCAUCUACUUUGAAAUAUGCUUUUCUUGGUCCGGAUUCCACUUAUCCUGUCAUUGUGAAUGCUGAUUUGGAUCUUCAACAAGUGGAAAGAUUAUUGCAAGUCUUACGAAGCCAUCGAAGAGUUAUUGGCUACACCAUCGAUGAUAUUGUUGGCAUAAAGGCAUCUUACUGCAUGCACCGCAUUUACUUGGAGGAUGAUCACAAGCCGAGCAUUGAGCACCAAAGGCGUCUCAACCCGAACAUGAAAGAUGUUGUUAAAAAAGAAAUUCUGAAAUUGUUGAGUUCGGGUAUCAUUUUUCCCAUUUCGGACAGCAAAUGGGUAAGUCCUAUCCACGUGGUGCCAAAGAAAGGAGGAAUUACUGUUGUGAAGAAUGACAAAAAUGAACUGAUUCCUACCCGAAUAGUCACUGGUUGGCGCAUGUGCAUUGACUACCGCAAACUCAACAAGGCAACUCGAAAAGAUCAUUUUCCACUUCCUUUUAUUGAUCAAUUGCUGGAGAGGAUGGCUAAGCACAAGUAUUUCUGUUUUCUUGACGGAUUCUCUGGAUUCUUCCAAAUCCCAAUUCAUCCGGAUGAUCAAGAAAUGACAACAUUUACAUGUCCUUAUGGUACUUUUGCAUAUCGCAGAAUGCCAUUUGGAUUAUGUAAUGCACCUGGAACCUUUCAACGAUGUAUGCUAGCUAUUUUCUCGGAUCUUGUCGAGGAAAUUAUGGAAGUUUUUAUGGAUGACUUCUCGGUUUACGGGAUUUCAUUUGAUGAUUGUCUUGAAAAUCUUGAAAAAGUGCUGAGCAAAUGUGAAGAAGCAAACCUUAUCCUCAACUGGGAAAAAUGUCAUUUUAUGGCAACCGAAGGCAUUGUGCUUGGGCACAAAAUUUCUGAAAAAGGCAUCGAAGUAGACCCAGCAAAAAUAGAAGUCAUUGAAAAAUUGCCUCCUCCUUCCUCCAUCAAGGGGAUUCGCAGUUUUCUUGGCCAUGCAGGAUUCUAUCGCCGGUUUAUUAAAGAUUUUUCAAAAAUAUCAAAGCCCUUAACCAAUCUUCUCUCCAAAGAUGUGGAGUUUAAUUUUGAUGAAUCUUGCUGCACCGCAUUUUCAAAGCUCAAGUUGGCCUUAACUACUGCACCAAUCAUAAGGCCACCUGAUUGGAAUCUUCCUUUUGAACUCAUGUGUGAUGCGAGCGAUUAUGCCGUGGGAGCUAUUCUGGGUCAACGCAAAGGAAAAGAAAUCUAUGCCAUUUAUUAUGCAAGCCAUACUCUUGAUGAUGCCCAAUCAAAUUAUGCCACAACUGAAAAAGAGUUUCUUGCCAUAAUAUUUGCCAUUGAAAAAUUCCGAUCUUAUCUUAUCGGAAGCAAGAUUAUUGUCUAUACCGAUCAUGCGGCUAUCAAAUACCUCAUCAAUAAAAAGGAUGCAAAAUCGAGGUUGCUGCGGUGGAUCUUGUUACUACAAGAGUUUGACAUGGAAAUCCGUGAUAGAAAAGGAUCUGAAAAUGUUGUUGCCGAUCAUUUAUCUCGUCUUGAGAUUCCUUGUGAUAUCAAAAUGCCAAUCAAUGAUUAUUUCAUCGGGGAAAAACUCAUGUCUGCUCAAUUUUUUGAUCCAUGGUUUGCCGAUAUUGCAAAUUACCUUUCUCAUGGGGUAAUUCCACAUGGGGCUACACAUGCUGAAAAGAAGAAGUUAAAAUAUGACUCCCGUUACUACCAUUGGGCAGAACCUUUUCUCUAUAGAAGGUGUGCCGAUGGUGUCAUUCGACGGUGUUUGCCCGAAAAUGAAGUUUCAAACGUCUUGCAUCAUUGCCAUUCCUCAGCAUAUGGGGGACAUCAUGGAAGCUCUCGUACUGCUGCAAAAAUUUUACAAUCGGGUUUCUUUUGGCCCACUCUUUUCAAAGAUGCAAGCAAAUUUGUGAAAAACUGUGAUCGUUGCCAGCGUACUGGCAAUAUCGGAAGAAAGAAUGAAAUGCCUCAGCAUGGCAUACUUGAAGUCGAAUUGUUCGACGUAUGAGGGCUCGAUUUUAUGGGGCCAUUUCCUAAAUCAAAUGGGAAAGAGUUCAUCCUUGUAGCUGUUGAUUAUGUUUCUAAAUGGGUAGAAGCAGCUGCCACACUGACUAAUGAUGCCAAAGUGGUGAUCCAAUUUAUUCAGAAGAAUAUUUUCUCCCGAUUCGGAGUUCCAAGAUCUUUCAUCACCGACAAUGGUACUCAUUUUUUUAACAAGGCAUUGGAACGUGUCCUUUCCAAAUAUGGGAUUCACCACCGACUCUCAACUCCAUAUCACCCGCAAACAAAUGGCCAGGUAGAACUUUCAAACCGAGAAAUCAAAUCAAUUCUCGAGAAAGUUGUUAAUCCUUCCCGAAAGGAUUGGGCCGACAAGCUUGAUGAUGCACUAUGGGCAUACCGCACUGCCUAUAAAAAUCCCAUUGGAACCUCACCAUUCAAAUUGGUGUAUGGGAAAGCCUGUCAUCUUCCUGUUGAGGUUGAACACAAAGCAUAUUGGGCAAUCAAGACACUCAACAUGGAUCUUGCAUUGGCGGGUGAGAAACGACUGUUGCAGCUAAAUGAACUUGAAGAAUUUAGACUUGCAGCUUAUGAUAGCUCAAAAAUAUACAAGGAGAGAACAAAAGUUUUGCAUGACCGAGUGAUCAGCCGGAGAAAAUUUGAACGGGGAGAUAAAGUUCUUCUAUUUAACUCACGUUACAAAUUCUUCCCCGGAAAACUAAAAACCCGGUGGUUGGGUCCAUUUGAAGUACUUGAAGCAUUCCCAUCCGGAGCAGUUCAGUUGUUAAACAAAAGCGGACAGAAACUCAUGGUAAAUGGACAACGAUUGAAAUUAUAUCAUGAUGGUGAGAAACAAGAGGCAACUUCUGUGUAUUGCCUCAUUGAUCCAGAAUAUGAAUGAAAGGCAUGGGUCAAGCUAAUGACCUUAAACGAGCGCUUCUUGGGAGGCAACCCAAGUUUGUAAAUUUCUCAAAAAAAAAAACAAAAAAAAGUCAAGUCAAAAAAAAAAAAAGACAAAAAAAAAAAAGAUUAGUCUAGGUUUUCUUUAUUUCUUUGGACUCCAAAGGGGCCACAUCCGCUCAAAGGGAUCUCCAAACGUCAUGCGGAUAAACAAUUCCAGAUUCGGCCGCGCUUCAGGGAAGUUUUCUUUACACUCCUUUAAUUUCUUUUCCACUGAGGACAGUGCAAAUUUUAAGUGUGGGGGAGUGGGUAGUUCGACCCUGAUUUCUUGUGUGAAUAUUUUUUUUUUCUCCUUGUGUGCUUGUGUGAUUUUGUUUUAUUUAUUUUGUGUGUUUUGUUUGUGAAUAAAGAUCAGUCUUGUCCAAAAUGCAACAAUAGACUAGCAACACACUAGUUUACACUUUUUGUUACUAGUCACCUCCAUAACUUUUUAAAUUAUUCAUUCACCUCUUUUGAUGAAAUGUGGUUUGAGUUUGAGAAGUGUCACUGUAAUUUUUUGAGAGUAACUUAGUAUGAGCUUUGAACUUGAUUCUUUUUAACAAUUUAACAUUACACCUUAGAUUUUAUUUUUCCAAUUUAUUGGUUUAAUAGUUGAAUUAGUGAAAGUUUAUGCAGUUUAAGAUGUUUAUACAUUUAUUCUCCUUGAAAUUUAAUUUGAACUUGACACAUUAGAAAUGAUUUAGGCCAUCUUUGUUUACCCAUCAAGCCAAACACUAUCCCUUUGUAAAUAAAUAACACUUUCCCUAGUAACCCUGUUUGAGCCUUUUCAGUGUACAAGUGUAAAAUAACUUACUUCACUUGUUACUAAUUUUUCUUGUGACCUUGUAAAUACAUAACCUUGUGAAAUCCUACCCAAGUCAUUUUUGUUUCAACCCUAGAGUAGUUUGUAUUGUUACUUGAGAGUGGAUAAAAUGAAACUUCUGUUAAGUGUCAUAUUAGUGAUGUACAUAUUUGUUUGUAAAUUUUGGGGUUAGUUUUUCAUUGUAAUAUUUAGUGUGUGCCUUCUUAAAAAAAAAGAUACCAAAAAAAAGAAAAGAAAAGAAAAAAAAAAAGAAAAAAAAAAGAAAAAAAAAAGAAAAAAAAACAAAAAAAAAAACAAAGAGGCACAUUAAUUUCUUGUUGUGAUUUCUUCUGUAAAACCCCAUUUUUACUUCCUUUUCAUGUUUAUAUUUCUCAUUGUUUUGUAUGCUCCAAGUUCUUGUAAAUUCAUGUGAUUAUCCGCUCAGUAUAAGUGCAAUCUAACUCUCUUUGUAAAUCCCUACACCAAACCUUUCUUUCCACUAGCCACAUCAUUAAGCUCGCCAAAACCCGAAAAGUCCUAAUUGAUCUAUUUGUGUCAUUUUUUGAAUUAAGUUAAUUGGAGAAACUUGUUCCGCACAACCCGAACUAAUUCAGAUCUAUAGGUGUUUAUGUUAAAAGUUUGAUUUGAAAAUCUUAGUGAUAGGCAAUAAUACUCGGUUUACUCUCAUUGAGUUAUUUUGUGACAUUUCAGGGUAUUGGACCGUUUAGUGGACAUUAGAGGUGUAUGUGUGAUUUGUUUAGUUAUGUUUGUAAAUUUUACCAAAUUGUGUAUAUUUUUGUGUUUGUUGUUUAUUUUGCUUGAGGACAAGCAAAAGCCUAAGUGUGGGGGAUUUGAUGUGCUUAUAUUUUACACAUUUUUUAGGCUUAGUUUGUUAAUAAUCUUGGUCACUUAAGUUGUAUAUUUGUACAUAUUUUUAUUAUUUAUCGUUACUUUGUACGUGUGCAGUCCUAUGCAUGUAUUUUUGUAUUUUCAGGUACUUUUGAUACUAUUUGAUACAUUUGUGUGUGAAGAAAAGAAGAAAAUAAAAGUUCAAGUUGGAGAUCAAUAAAAGUGGAAUUUCCUACAAAGCAAAAGAGUAAAAUGAAGAAAAGAAGCAAAUGAUAAAAAGGGUGGAAGCACCUAGGAUUCGAUCCUUCGACCCAAGGGAAUGAGGGAGCAAAUCUGAACCAGUGAGCUAAAUGUCUAAAUUGCAAAGGUUUAGCUGGAGCUUAUUUUAAUUCCUUUCAACUGCAGCAAGAAAAGACGAAAAAAUACGUCAAUAGAAGGGGUCGAACACGGGACCUCAGAGUCCUAAGAGCAUUCCAUUUCCACUGCACUGCUACGCGUUAUUGAUGCUUAGACGCGAUUUCUUGUACAUAUACUAUUAGGUUCCGUAAAUUCCAGCAAUUAAUCAUUAAUCAUCUUAUCAUUAUAAGGCUUAAUCCAUCUCCUUCCACACAAUAUCUCGAGCCAUCUUCUCUCUAAACCUCCCAGAAUCAUUUCCUCCUCCUUCUCUCUUCAUUCUUCAUCUCCAAAUCAUCAACCAAUCUUCAACAUCAAUUAAUCACUUUCUCAAUCAAGAUUAAAGUCAAGAUUAGCACCAAGCUCCAAGGAUUGUCAUCUAUCACAAGUUUGAUCUUCCUUAUCUCUUUAAAUCUUGUACUUCAAUCAUGAAUUCAUCUAUUUCUAAGCUUCCCAACAUGUAUAGCUAAAUAAAUUUGGGGCUAGAAAUUGGUUAAUUAAUUGUUCUUAUCAUGUUUUAAUUUGUAUUGAUUUUAAUUGUUAAGUUUGUUCUAUUUAGCUAGAUUGUUGUGUCCAGAAAAUUAAUUAUGUUAUGUUUGUGAUAUAUAUUAUGAGUACUCAAUCAUAAACAUAUUGUUUGUUAAAUACACAAAUGAACACUUUCUGAACACACCGUUAAACUUCUUUUACCUUGUCCCGGAUUGAAGUUUUACGGGAGAAUUUAAUUAUUUAAUUAUAUUAUUUACACCACGGGGUUGGGUAAAUAAUAUAGUUAAUAAUUAAGGUUGUCGUUGCACUUAAACAACUAGUCUCGUUUUGGCCAUCACUGGGAAAUGUUGACUAGUUACUUAUUUUAGAUGACUUGUGUUGGGUCCUAAAAUAUUUAUCCACAACUUCUCACAAUCUAUCUACGAAUAAAAUUAGCAAUUAUUUCUUUCAAUUAAACAUUGAACAAUUAGUUACCAAUUUCUACCCCUACUUGCUAUUGGUUGAACUUUGUGUUGAUAAAAAUCUCUCAUCUCAAUCACUUUUAUUUUAUUACUUUUCCAAGCAACCAAAAAAAAUCAAAAGAAACGCACUUCCAACUUUAAUCCUUAGUUUGUGCUUAAUUAUUUUAUUUCCCGCUUCUCUGUGGUUCGACACCCUACUUCCUUGGGUAAAAAAAUAGUUGUGUGCCCAUUAUAUGCUACACACCACCUACCGACCACGACCACUUCCCCAUACUUCUCUCCCGAGAAAAAGGUCGAUUCAGUACUUGAAGUCGAGCCCGGUGGAGUAAAGAGUACAUGUUCUUGAAAAUCAGUUUAAAUGGUACACCGUUUGGCUAUUUUAGAGCCGAAAUAGUACUUAGGGUACAGACCUGCGUUAUUUAUGUUGAUGUGGCUAACGGAAUACUGACCUGGAAUAAAAAAAAAUGCCACCUCAUCCGUUAACUAAGUUUAUGGUGUACAAACCCUAACCACGACCGUUGUUACCCUCAACAUUAUGCCAACACUUAACAAAAAUCAGCAUUGAGCAUGGCUUCCGAAGCUUAGAGAGGUGAAGGGGAAGGAGGAACUGAAGCAGUAAUCAUGGAAAACACGAAUCAAAGGGGUUGAUGCCUGCUUUAUAUGAGACCUUACCUGAUGUUGAACUCAGAAGAUGUGCCAGGCACAUUUAUGCAAUUUGGAGAAGAAGUCAUGGUGGUUUGGAGUUACAAAGGCAAUUCUAGAAGUGCUACAAAUCUGCCUCAAAAAGGGAAUUUGAACUCAAUCUAGAGGUACUUAAAACUCUUUCUCCAAGUGCUCAUGAUGAUAUGGUGAAGAUAGAUCCCAAGUUCUGGUGUAGAGCCUUUUUCAAUAGGAGUAUCAAGUGUGAAACAGUGGAUAACAAUCUGUGUGAGGCUUUUAAUGGUGUUAUAGUACCUGCUAGAUCUCUGUUUGGUUUUUCUCAAUUGGAAUAUAUAAGAAAAUUGGUGAUGCAGAGGCUAUUAAAGAAUAGGAACCUGGGUGAGAAGUGGGUAGGUGACUUAGGUCCCAGGAUUAGGAGGAGGAUAAACAAAAAUGUAUUUGCCAGUAAUAAUUGGAGGGUUCUUUUCAAUGGUUCUGAUGGGUAUGAGAUCUCAUGUGGAUCAGAGACUUAUUUGGUAGAUUUGGAAAGUAAUAGUUGUUUAUGUGAGCAGUGGGAUGUUUCCGGGAUUCCAUGCAAACAUACCAUUUGUGCCAUAAGAGAUAAGGGACAUAGAAUUGAGGAUUAUGUAUCUCUUUGGUAUAAAAAGGGAAUGUAUUGCCAUACAUAUUCUGAAAUGAUGACCCCUAUUGUUGGACCAUUAUUUUGGCCUAAAACUAAUGUUAAAGUCCUACCAGCUGAGUUGAAGAAAAAAGAAUUAGGUAGGCCUAGGAAGAAUAGAAUUAGGGAGAUUGGUGAGAUUCCUAUGACUGGCAAGUUAACCAAGAAAGGAAUUAGCAUUGCAUGUCAACUAUGUUUCAGAAAAGGGCAUAACAAGAAAGGUUGUCCUGAAAAAGAGCAAAUUUUGAAAGGGACAACAACAUUCCCUUCUGAUUUAGGAGAUGGUACUUCUCAACAACCACAAACAGUAUAUGAAGAAACAAGUCUAAAUGGAGAUCAUGUAAUUCUUUUCAUGAAGAAUUAUGUAUUGUGGGUAUUACUUUUAUGAAGGUCUCAAUAUCUUCAUCUAAAUUACUAACUGUAUAUUUUUUUAAAGGAAAAUAACUCUACCUUUGCUCCUCCAAAUGAGAAGAAUGUGGAACCUAGUACAUUGCAGAAUUACUUCAGUGAAAACACAGAUAUGGAAGACAGAAAUAGGGACAAUGUGUUUCAGUUUAGGGGAAAAAAUGCUACCAGUGCUGGUGGUUUGGAGAGGUUGAGGCAGGGGAAGAGCAAGGAGAUAAGGGAAAAGGUCAGUCAAGGAAGAAAAAGGCUCUCUGAAGAAAUGGAAAUCACUGGGGUGUCACGUACUGCAAGGGACAGAUUUCAUACCUUGUUUGACUCAAUGGAAGAAGAAUGUGAAGAUUAGUGUUGAUCUGCCACUUGUGGAAAACCUUAGCGAGAUGUUUUGCUUGUAUUUUGUUAACUAAACUUCCUUUUUGAACAUAUGUACUCCCUAACAAUGAUGUUUGCUUGUAAUUAGUCUGUGGGAGAUGAUGAUUAGGUGGCUUGUUCAAUUUAUCUAGAAUAACAUUAUGAGGGUUGUGUACCCUAACUGUAUUGUGGGAGUACAAAUCUGCCGACAGGCUAGCUUGUACUCUCAUAAUUCAUGAACGGAUUGGUUAAAAAUCCUUGUUUUGAUUAGGAUGGUUGCCAUUUCUUUUAAUGUAAAUGUAAUGACAUUACCGUGCUUUUUUU